AUUGUUAGUGUUUGUGUUCCAAGCAGAAACUGAAGAUGGACAAAUCCCAGAAUGCAAGUUACCAAGCUGGCGAGGCCAAGGGCCAAGCUCAGGAAAAGGCGGGCAACUUGGCGGAAAAGGCAAGCAAUGCUACUCAAUCUGCCAAGGAAUCAUGCCAAGAGGCUGGCCAGCAGAUGAAGGAUAAGGCACAAGGGGCUUGUGAUGCUGUUAAGGAUAAAGUUGGAGCAAACAAAUGAAAAUCAUAUUGGACCUCAUCCAUCUAGCAAGCCCUCCCAAAUAAAUUUUGUGCUUAUUAAAUUUUAAUUUAUGAAUUUUGAUUUCUUCUACU